CUGAAUCAUGCGCGUCACACGCUCGCCGCUGGGGCUUCAGUUUAGUUUGUAUUCUGCUCACCUAGGCGAAAGAUAUGGCGUCCGUCACUUUAGGACAGCACCCUGCUCAACACCACCUCGACUCGGAUCAGCAGCUAUUUCAAAACCUGAAGUCGAGCGACGGGAAGAAGUUCACGCGUAAGUGGUCGCUGGAAAAGAUCAUGCGAAACAGAGCGAGUGAUGUGGACAGCGAGAGAGCCGCAGUCUCAGCAUCGCUCGUGUUAUUCAAUCACGAGCCCCCUUCAGCAUCACACAGCCGAGGCUGUACUGCCGGUUCGCCACGUAAUAAUACGGACAGGUCGAUUGUGGACAUGGACCGAGAGAACGCGAACAAUAAUAACGGAAUAUUUCGCAGGCACAGUGCUAGGAGCCGGUGUAGUGGAGGAUUUUGUGGUGAUAGGACAUCACCACAAGAAGUUCGCAAUUCCUCGGCGCGGUCAAACUUCAGCUGCCCGCCAGACGAACUGGAGGGACUGCCGAUCGACAAGCUGACACAGGCGAGGUCAGGAGUAGUGAAGAUGCGAAGCGAGUCUCUCAGGAGAAAGGCAUGGUCCAUCUUCAACCAGAAAGACCCGAGGGUGAAGGCAGAGAAGGGAGAGGGCCACAUCUUCAUCUCCAGGCAGCUGAGCCAGGACUGGUGCGACGCCUGCAACCAUCAGAUCAGCAGCGCUGCGCUCAAGUGCCGAAACUGCAGCUACACAUGUCAUUUGGAGUGUCAGGGGCUUGUUCAGCUGGACUGCAACCAACUAGCCCAGCCGGCAGAGGAUGUGUCUACCCCCGCUCCACAGAGGCCCGCAGCCAAAGACCUUCAGGAGACGCAUGUGACAAAAGAGGAAGAGGAAGAGAAGCCAACAUCCCUCACAAAAGAAGAGAUUCAAGCGAAAAUAGAUGACUACAACUCCAAAGUGUCAGAGAAUGGAAUGAAAUUAAGCUCAGAUGGCACAUACACUGGUUUCAUAAAGGUUCACUUGAAGCUGCGCAGGCCUGUGACUGUAUGUUUGGAUGGGAAGCCACCAGGACCAUGUUCCUCUUCUGAUAGUUCAGAUAACCGCACAUCCUUCUACCUGCCCAGAAAUUCUGUUAAACAGCUACACAUCAGCAGUACCACCACAGUCAGGGAGGUCAUCCAGGGCCUGCUGAAGAAGUUCAUGGUACAGGAUAACCCGGGCAAGUUUGCCCUCUACCGCCUGACCCGUCGAGACAGCCAGGAUCUUUUCCAGAAGUUGCAAUUAUCAGAAUGUCCACUCUGCUUGAGGCUGUUAGCAGGUCCUGAUCUAGAAAACUUGUCCUUUGUACUCAAAGAAAAUGAGACUGGCGAGGUUGAGUGGUAUGCGUUUUCAGUCCCUGAGCUGCAGAACUUCCUGAUCAUCCUGGAGAAGGAGGAGAAGGACCGUGUGCGGCUGGUGGAGCAGCGUUACGCUGCCUACAAGGAGAAGUUGCUACAGGCUCUAGGUCGGGUUGAGAGCAAACCGGGCUAAUGUAAGACAGAGAAUCUCCUUCACCCCACUGAGCCAACACCGGGCCAGCCUGGAGGACCAGUAGCCCAACAGACGAACUCACAAAACCUCCACUCAGGACUUUGUACAAGCUCUCAGCAUGCUUCUGUGACCUUUAACCCCCAAAGAUGGGCAAAGGGAUCCAGACAUGACUAAGAUGAAGAGGAGGUUGGAACUAAAGAUUAGUACUUCAAGAGUAAUCCUUCUCUCCGGAAAUGGAACACUGUUGAAAGCCCAGGAGUAUGUUUCUGGGAGUAAUGCUUUUUGAUAUUUGAAAGGGUUUUGUUUAGUUUUUUUCUUGUUGUUUUUACAUUGACCUCAUCUGUCUGUGUUUUUUACAUGCUGCUGCUAUUGCUGCUACUGCAAGUGUUACUUAAAACAUGACUUUCCCUUUGGUCUCUCUGCUUAUGUCUACCGCAUGUCCUCUAUCAGGGAAUAUCUAUAUGAAAGAGCAGAGUAAAAAAGCACUUCCUGUCCGAAAAAUUGGGAAGACUUAAAAUAUGAUGACUGCAAGAUAUAAGAGGACAAAUAGUAAUCUUGUCCACAUAUCAGAUUAUACAGUUCAUAAAAAAUUAUAAAAUGUUACUGUAAACAAAAAGAAAAGAAAAAAAGUUAUACUGUUUAUACUGGAGAUUGUCUUAAUAUAACUAUACAUUUACUGUAUUACUGAUAAUGUUUCACCCUACAGCUCAAUAUGUCACCCCACUGAGUCAAAAUAUCUCUUUCUUUCUAUUUAAAUUACCAAAAUGGCUGUGUAUCUCUAUGAUAGAGCGGUCAUUAAACCCACUGGCCACUAUAUUUAUAAAAAAAGUGUUUCAAUUGUUUUUGUAUGAGAGGUGUUUAUGUUGAUAUGGGGUCAUUUUGAGCUCCUCUAGAAAUAUGAAAUGGCCCCAUGCUGACUGUUACUCUCUGGAAAGACCCAUUGUUCGUUCAGGUGUCCCAUGAAAGCUUUUAGAAACACUCAGCACUGACAAAUCACCUCAGUCUCUCAAGUGGGCCACCAGUACUUAAUGUGCAGGAAGCAUCAGUGGAUGUGAGGAUUGUGAGAUGUGGUUAUCCGGUAAGCUUUUCUGAAUCAUUUCAGCUUUUAGCACAUACAGUAAUACACAAGGUCAUGUUAGAUUAGAGGGCAUCUCCUAGAUCAGCCUUCUGAACAGCUCUGCGUAUCUGAACCACAAGCAUGUCAAUCUGUAUUACACCAAAGGAAAACAGAACAAGCUCCCCUUAUUGUAAUUACAAAAUAAAGCUUUUAUAGAGAUCUUCCUGCUAAUGUAAA